CACAGGAAAAUGAAAAUAUGCUGGUGGGAUGCAUCCAGUUGUCUGGCAGGCAGUGAAGAGCUACACCUGAAGAAGAAAUAAACAAACUGGGAGGCACAUAAGGAAAGGAAAGCUUUAUAAGAAACAACACAAGAGCCAUCUAGAGGAUGAAGACGUGUGUUGCUGUCGUGUUGAUGAGUCUUCUCUCACUGGGACUCUCGGCUCCUCUGAGCGGCUGUGACAGUCUGGUGAAACCGAUAACUGUCAGCAGCGAAGACAUGUUGGGAAAGUGGCUGUACAUCGGGGGGAGCUCUGACCUCCCAGGAAGCCGCUCCCUGGGCCAUCUGAUGACCAGUGUCUGGCUGGACAUCACUGCAACCAGCCAGAGCAACAUCCUCAAUAUCAUCCAGACUCAGAGAAUAUUUAGCAAAUGUUCCAGCUUAAUAUACAAUGUGACCUUUGAAAACAGCACGAUGCUAAUUGAGCAACCUUUCUACCUCAAGGAAGUCUACCUGACGACUGACUGCUCUGACUGUCUGGUUGCCCAUGAAAAAAUUGUCUCUGGCAAAGACACUUUCACCAGUCUUCUGCUUUUUAGCAGGAGACAGAGUGUCUCAUCUGCUGCUGUGGAGACACUCAAGAAACAGGCAGAGUGUCUUCAGAUGCCGUCGCCCAUAAUGAUAAACACAGACUACGAAAUCUGCCCAGACAACAUCCCGCCCUCAGAGGGGAUCAGCGCCCUCAACUCUUUAUCAGAGGCUAAGACAGGGCAUCGAGUUGCAAAACUCCUGGAUGCUUUUUUUGAUAUGUUUGUGAACUGAUUUAUAUAAAUAGUUUUGCCAUUUUGUAUGAGAACGCAUUGAUUUGUGUUGCUAUAUGUAACUAAUUCAGGUAUAAAAUUAUGAAGAAGGAACUCCGUUCUUGUUCUUGUUCUUAUAAUUAUUAUUAGUGGUAGUAGUAGUGGUGGCAGCGGCCUCACAUUGUGAACUCCAAGAAUUUAGUAUAUAUUAUAUAUUUAUAUUUGCAUGUAUUUUUUUAUUAAAACAGGCAGUCCAGUCAGGGCCUCACAACAAGAGGGCUCUUCUGUGUAGAGUCUACAUGUUCUCCCCGUAUCACUCUGGGUUUUCUGUCUUUCGUCCACAGUCCAAAGACAUGCAGCUUAGGUUAACUGGGGACUAUAAAUUCCCCGUAGAUGUGAAAGCUAAUGGUUGUCUGUAUCUUUGUGUCAGACCUGUGAUUGUCUGGUGACCUAUCCAGGGUGUUAGCAGGGAUGCCUCCAGCCCACCAGCGACCCCAGUUAGAAAAGGCAGUUACUGAUAAUGAAUAAAUAAUAAUGAUAAUAAUUAUAAACUUAAGAAUAAAAUUUGUAUAGAACCUUUCAUAUAUUAAAUGCAGCACAAAGUCCUUUACAACAAAGACAUUGCAGGCACCAAGUGCUUCAUAUUGAACUGACAUAAAAGUCACAUAAUAAAACAUUUUAUGAAAUCAAUCAUAUCAAAAUUCAUAAACGAAUACAAAAAAUGCGCAAGAUCACAUAAAAGUGUAAAGGUAAAUAGGUAAUAAAAUAGUGAAUUAAUCUUUCAUAAAACCACUUUUGUGCAUAGUUUCAGUAGUUAACACAUUGGAGUUCAUAAAAUUGCAGUUUGGCAAGUCUAGUGCAAAUUUUUUAUUUUAUUUAAUAAGAACAUUGCAACAGCUGUCCCUUGUCUCCCCUACUACAAAUCACUGUAUAACAAGGUAUAAAAUAUUGAAUUAUUCCUCGUUCAGCUUGAACUAACAUCACAUUUAAUUUUAAAUCAAUUUAACAACUGAGUGUUUCCUUCCUCACUUCCACAGUCUGUCCUGAGCAUGCAUACAUUAUUAACACUGAACUAAGAGUGCCCCAUCAUGGUCACAUUACAUGAUACACUAUACUAUAGUUUACCCAGUAUGCAUUUUAAAAAAUUACCUGCAAUAUUGUGACCACAAAAAUCUUAAGUGUUUUUCUUAAUGUCGCUUCAAUUGGGUGUUAGAGCUUCAGGGUGCAGAAAGAUGAUAUUUUUUUUGGUUAGGUUUGUUGUUUUGAAGUGGAUUGAAAUCACAAGGUGACGGUGUUCUCUGAGCACUCUCCUAGUUGGUUUGUUUUUGGUUUCAUGAAAAAAAGCCAAUUAUUUUACUUUGUCCUCCUCUGAACCAGACUGCAACACAUAUGUAAACAACUCAUGACUCUAUGGAGUGGGCAUCUGAACUUUAAACCCAACAGUUUGAUCUUGACGCAGGCACAAUAAUUUUCAGCCUGUGAACAGUGCAAUAGACACAGAUUAAGGACCUCUGUGAAAGUAGCUGUUGCGAACCACUAUGAAGUUUAUUCACGUUGCUGUUGCUGUGCUCAGUCUUCUGUCUGUCGGACAGUCGGCUCCUGUGAGCAGCUGUGAGAGUCUGAUCCAACCUCGUGAAAUCAAUGGAACAGAGCAGCUUCUGGGCACGUGGACCUACAUCGCAGAAGCCACAAACAUCCCAUCAUCCACAUUGCUGACAGAGAUGUUUGUAGAGAGCUGGAGGGUUAAAGUCACUGCUGCCAACGAGAGUGAUACCAUGAAUUUUUCUCAGGCAAAAAAAAUGUUGGGCCGCUGCUUCACUUUGACAUAUAAAGCGACCUUGGAAAAAAACACUCUCACAUCGGUCAUAGGUCACCCUUUACCCUUUUCCACUGCUCUGCUGAGUACUGGCUGCCCUGACUGCAAUGUUUUCUACACAAAUGUCACCAUAGGAGGACGAACAGUCCAUAGUGCCAAGCUCAUAAGCAGGAGAGAUAAGGUGGCUGCUGCAGAGCUGGAAGAGUUUACCAAACAGGUCGAGUGUCUGAACUUACCAGCACCUGCUAUCAUGGACCCAGAAAAAGGUUUUUGCUCGUUUGAAACAGAGGUCACUAAUAUGACCAAUACCUUCGCUGAAGUGGAAUCUGAAGUUCUCAGUCUAAUUGACAGUCUGAACACUGAAGAUGGACUUAAAUCAUUGAAGGAACGUGAAUAAUGACUUGCAAUGCCUACAUUAUGAAGUGUCUAACUAAGGAGAAUUCUGUAAAUAAAAUGAAUAAGUGAAGAAAAUGACUUUUGUUCUUCUGUCUUUUAUUGCUGUUUUAGUGUACCUGUCAUCCAGAUUAAUUUAUUUGUUUCUAUUUUACUGUAUUGUGUAUACUUUUUUCAAAUUUCAUCAUCACCAGCCUUUAAAGUAUGGUCUGGUCUUGUACUUUGUCCUCCCGUUAACCAGACUGCAACACAUACUGUAAACAACUCAUGACUACAUGGAGUGGGCGUCUGAACUUUAAAUCUACCAGUUUGAGCUUGACGCAGACACAGUUAGUUUCAGCCUGUGAACAGUGCAAUAGACACAGAUUAAGGACCUCUGUGAAAGUAGCUGUUGCGAACCACUAUGAAGUUUAUUCAUGUUGCUGUUGCUGUGCUCAGUCUUCUGUCUGUCGGACAGUCGGCUCCUGUGAGCAGCUGUGAGAGUCUGAU